AUGAUUACUUCCGUGAAGCGAAAAGUCCUGGAUGGACUAAACAGACGAUACAUCUACGGUCGUGUGCCACUCCUGCACACGAUCAUUUUUCUCGUUGAGAUGGCCGUAGCAACUCGAAUUGCGGCCAAGUUCAACACUUACUAUGCAGAAAAGCCAGUGCUCACCACAAUGGUGACCAACGCCGUGCUUGGUGGGGUCGCCGACACCGUUGCGCAGUUGAUCACGGCGUUCAAGGCUCGCUCGGAACAAAGAUCCCAGGAGAACCAGGAUUUCAUUUCAAUUGAGAUUCAUGAUUUGGAUAAGGAGAAGCCGCCUGCGGUUGGGGAGCUGGGCUAUACACAAGGCUCACUGCCACCCUUCGAUUUUGAGCGAUUGACACGGUUCAUGGCAUAUGGUUUCUUUAUGGCGCCGGUGCAGUUCCAGUGGUUCGGAUUUCUGUCCAGGGCUUUUCCUCUUACGAAGAAGAACCCGAGUAUACCGGCCCUGAAGCGUGUUGUUUUUGACCAGCUCAUCUUUGCGCCCUUUGGUCUGGCCUGCUUCUUUACAUACAUGACGAUUGCUGAGGGAGGAGGUAAACGCGCACUAACGCAGAAAUUCCGAGAUGUAUACCUACCCACCCUGAAGGCCAACUUCGUGCUCUGGCCGGCGGUGCAAAUCCUCAAUUUUCGGGUCAUCCCUAUUCAGUUUCAGAUACCAUUCGUAUCCUGCAUUGGCAUUGCGUGGACUGCGUACCUCUCACUGACGAACUCCUCGGAGGAGUCUUGA